AUGAAGACCUCAUUUGCCGCCCUUGCUCUGGCCCUCUCUGGCUCUGCCAUGGGUGCCCCGUUCUCUAACGGCACUCACGUUGCAUCCAACUCUUCUGCUGUGUCGACUCCUGUUCAUCUGUCGACCAAGCCAGCUCUCCCCAGCCUCUUUGCUGCCUCCAGCUCUGCAUCGCCAUCGUCCUCUGCCACUCCGUCUUCUGGGUCCAGGCCUUUGACCUCGGCGCCAGUCCCCAGCGGCAGUGCUGUGAGGCGCGGAGAGGACAUCUCCAUCCCGACGGACCUCCCGUCCCUGGCCUCGGAUGCUCAGUCAGUGGCUGUAGCCCUCGCUUCUCUCGGCGCUAGCGCCCAGAAGCGUGGCGAGUCUCUGUCAAUUCCCACAGACCUUCCAUCUCUUCUGGCUGAUGCCCAAUCCAUCGGCAGUGCUAUCGCCUCGGGGGGUGUCCAGAAGCGCGGGGAGUCGCUUUCCAUUCCCACCGAUCUCCCUUCGUUGAUUUCUGAUGCUCAGUCGGCCGCUGCUGCGCUGGCCUCCGCCGGAGCCCAGAAGCGCGGCGAAUCUCUGUCGAUUCCCACAGACCUUCCGUCUCUUCUGGCUGAUGCCCAAUCCAUCGGCAGUGCUAUCGCCUCCGCGGGUGUCCAGAAACGCGCCGCCGAGUCCCUUCCUAUCUUGACCCCCACUGGUGCCCCCACUCCUACCGCUCCCCUUGGAACUGGCUUGCCUAAGCCUUUCAGUUCUCUUUUCGCUUCAUCUUCUGUGACUGCUUCAUCUUCUGUGACUGCUUCCUCUUCUGGUAUUGCUUCUACUCCUGGCUCUGCUUCUUCGUCCGGUGUUAGAUGGCCAACUGGCAGUCCUCUUGUCUGA